AAAAUUAAUAAAUAUGAUCUGAUUGAAAGAAAUAUUUUGAUUAGAUAAAGUAAAAUUAAAUUUUUAGUAUAAUUGCACAGUAAUUAAAAACCAAUGAUGCAUAAAACCACGAAGAAAAAGUUCCCUUGAAAUCUUGCUUAAUUCUCUAAUCCCCUUUACCAGCGAACUACCUACAAAAUGAGCUCAAAAAGUGCGAUACGCAAUCUUCAAUUAAUUACAGCGCUCGACUCACUCAGCUACGGCCUAAUAUACGCAUUUAUUUCACCAUACAUUUUGAAACUUGGAGGUAAUCACGUUCAUGUUGGAAUUCUAGCUGUUGGAGUUAUAUUAGGAGAACUCCUAUCUCCAGAAGUUACAAAAUUAUUUUCUCAUCUUAAUGGCAAACGAUAUGCACUAUUUCUUAUCCUUAACACAUCCCUAGUAACUCAUUUGCUGCUGGUCUUAACUGAUAGCUACUGGUUUACGAUAUUAGUUAGGAUUUUGUUCAGCUUAACAAAUCAAUCACAAAAAUUAUGCCUGGAACUAUUACUUAACCGUGCCCAAAAUGACGAUGAGAAAGGAAAAAUACGCUCAAAUUACAGUAUUUUAAGUGGGUUGGGCUUUAUUUUGGGCCCCAUUAUCAGCGGACACUUAUUUGACAUAGGAUUUGGCUAUAUCGGUGUUUUAGUUGCUCUUCUAGCCUCCAUUAACUCUGGUCUACUUAUGAAUGUAGCUAAUGAUAAUAAAGAUAAGAAUCCAGAGCACACAGAUAAAUCAGUAUUACAAAAAGCCAUAGGAAAUGUAUCAGAAAGACUGCAAGAUUUACAAAAAUCCAACUACAACAAGCACUGGGACAUGCUGUUUAUGAAAUAUUUAUUUUCUUCCAGUGUUAUGAUCUUUUUUUCAAAGUUUUCACAAAUUCUAAAACACAACUAUGCAGCAAGUAGUAUGAGGAUAGGAUACACAGCAUCAUAUAUCAAUAUUUUAGUGUUUUCUGCCACAUACCUAACUACAGUGAUUAAAUCAAAGACUCAGGAAUAUCCGGAAGUGUUUUUAAGCGAAAUAGCCUUCUUUUUUGAAACAAUUUUCCUGCUAUUUGCUUGCUACGCACCAUAUUAUGAAAUGUUCGUGAUACUACUGAUUCCAAUCAUAGUAAUCAGGAGUUUUUUGACCGAUUUAUGGAAAGAAUUAUUCUCAGAACGGAAAGAUAACAAUCUUAUAAAGCUAAAUCAGUCGGCUAGUAUUGUGGCAGGGUUAACAACACCUGUGUUGUUUGGUUUUACAUGUAAUGUGUUUGCAAAGGAAGCUGUUGUGUUGUUUUCAUGUGUUCCCAUUCUUUUGUGUUGGAUUAUAACGAGAUUUUAUUCGAAAGAUUUAAAAAUUGAGGAGACAACAAGUGAUAAAGAUAAAUAAAAUAAUUGUAUAUAGUUCUCUGUACUGUAUUUUUUAGACAAUAUAAAAAUAUUUAUGUUUAA